AUGCCAGAUGCAGAUGAUAUCUCUUCGAUCCGACAAGACACUCUACGAGCAGAGAUUGCCCGUCUACGAGGAAAGCCAGUUACAGAUAUGGAGAAAAUGAGAUUGUACAAGGUCUUUGACGUGGUUCUCGACGGGGGAGAACGUGUCAUUGCCCGCUGUGAACGGGCUGGUUCUGAUCAAGAGGAUGCCAGCGAGGCUCAACGUAGAAUUCACAAGCACGCUGCCGUCUUAGAUGCCUUGCGGAAGACCUACCGCAUCCCUGUUCCACUUAUCUAUCAUAUCGAGCCAAAUCCAGAGGUAAUUGGUGCUCCCUGGAUCCUAAUGGAGCGCAUUCCUGGUGGCGAGCUUCAUUAUGUCGUCAGCCGCUGGGACAAGGCCAAUAUCGUUAUUGCCCAGCAUGCAGCCAUCUAUUCACGCAUCUUUGACACUCUUAUACCUGCGCCGCUUUCCUCGAUGUUUGCCGAAGAACUUCAACACGGUCACAUUGACCCCAUGCCUACUGCGUUUGACAUCAAGCUCCAUUAUGAGUCUUUCACCAGUGAUCCUGACAUUCUUCGUGCUCGCGCAUAUCGGCAAGAGACAGCUACCUUCAUUGCGCAUCGCUUCUGGGCAGUCAUGCAUGAUGCAGAGUAUUGUGCUGAAGCUGAAGGACAUCCUGACUCGGAGCUUCCUGUUCUUCACAAGCUCAAGGCUCUUGUUCCUGCUCUCAUCCCCUCGGUUCAAAAAUAUCUCGAACUGGAUAAUAAUGGGCAAAGUCUUCUUGGUUCCAAAAAGCUACACCACUACGAUCCGUCAGUUUCUAACAUUAUGGUUGAUCCUGCCACUGCUAAUAUCAUUGGCAUUAUCGAUUGGGAGUUCACGACGGUUGCUCCUGCUCUGCUCUCAGCAUCAUAUCCUGAGUGGAUAAGGUAUGAUGGACAGCAGAGUCCUACAAGUCAUUGGUCUAGCCAUCUUCUUCAACUUUCUCCUGACAAGUUUGAGUAUCGGAAGUGGCGGGAGACGUAUGAGGAUAAUGUUGGUCAAAUAUCUCCGAAUUAUCUCAAAGCCAUGCGUGCUGGCAGAGAAUUACAGGAACUUGUCGACUGGGCUAGGUUUGCGAUAACUGGUUGGCCUCUGAAUGAGCGUAUGGCUUUUCUUGAUAGCUGGGCCAAUAGCAAGGCUAUGAAUUUUGGGGUGGAUGUAGAGUCUGUCCCUGUUCUCCGGAAGAAAGAUUGGAUGUGCAUUUCCAUCCAAGCUGAAAAUUAG